AUGUUGAAAAUAGGAGGAGGCGCCCUUCUGCUCACGGCAAUUGUGGCUGUCUUCGUGGUUGCCACCCAAGGCCGCGACCCAGAUCUGGAAGCUUCGGAACAUGAGGGCAGGGAUUACAUCUUCCAGCUAGACAGGGUUAUGGGUGCUAUGAAGAAUAGAGCAGGCAUUGCUGAAUGGGCGUACACAUCAAAUAUUACUAAAGAGAAUGAAGACAAUUGGAUCCAAGUACGUCUAGAUUUGUCCAAACAAGAAAAACAGUCUUGGGAAGAAACUAAAAUGUACAAAUGGCAAGACUUCCAAGAUUUUACUCUUCGGCGGAUGUUCAAAAAAUAUAGUCUGUUAGGAGCAUCCGCUCUAAGCGAUGAAAAGUAUGGUAAGCUGAUGAGGUACGUCUCAGGAAUGGAAUCAAACUAUGCGACGUCUAAGAUUUGCUCGUACAAGGAUCAAAGCAAAUGUGACCUGGCAUUGGAACCUGAUAUCACACAAGAAUUCUCUAUGAGCCAGGAUCCUGAAGAACUAAAACAUUAUUGGGUGGAGUGGCACAAAGCGGCUGGUGCAAAGGCACGUCACAACUUUACUGAAUAUGUCAAUUUGUAUAACGAAGCUGCCAAACUUAAUGACUUUCAGAAUGUUGCCGAUUGGUGGCAGUCAGAAUACGAAGUGAGUGACUUUGAACAGCAACUGGCAAAGCUUUGGGAGGAUGUUAAGCCUUUAUACCAGCAGCUCCACGCAUACGUCAGAAAGAAGUUGAGAGACAAAUAUGGGGAUGUGGUCUCUGCCAGGGGACCUAUCCCAGCGCAUUUGUUAGGUAAUAUGUGGGCACAAAGCUGGAGCAAUAUCGAAUCAUUCACUCGCCCUUACCCUGAUAAGAAAGAGAUCGACAUCACACAAGCAAUGAGAGAUCAAAACUACACUGCGCUCAAAAUGUUCCAAAUGUCCGAUGAAUUCUUCCGGUCUUUGAAUUUGACUGCAAUGCCUGAAAAAUUCUGGCAGAACUCAAUAAUAGAAAAACCUACCGACAGGGAUAUUGUAUGCCAUGCUUCAGCUUGGGACUUUUUUGAUGGUGAAGAUUUUAGGAUCAAACAGUGUACAACAAUAGAUAAAGAAUUCUUUGAAACGACACAUCACGAAAUGGGACAUAUACAAUACUUUCUACAGUACAAACACCAACCCUUCAUAUUCCGGGAUGGAGCUAAUCCAGGUUUUCAUGAAGCAGUUGGUGACACAAUAGCCUUAUCAGUAUCUUCACCCAAGCAUUUAAGACGUGUUGGCCUUAGUACAGGGAAUGCUGAAGAUGAACAGACUGAAAUCAACCAGCUGUAUAAAAUGGGCAUUGACAAAAUCGUGUUCCUUCCUUUUGCUUACACCUUGGACUUAUUCCGCUACGGUGUGUUCCGUGGCACCACUCCUCCUGAAGACUACAACUGUCACUACUGGCGACUAAGAGAGAUGCUACAGGGUGUAGAACCUCCUGUAAAUAGGACUGAAGAUGACUUCGAUGCUGCGGCCAAGUAUCAUAUUGCCGCUAAUGUGGAAUAUGCGAGAUACUAUGUCUCUUUCAUCAUCCAGUUCCAGUUCCACAGAGCACUCUGUCAGUUUGCUGGCGAGUAUAUACCUGAAGACCUAAACAAGAAGCUGGUAGACUGUGAUAUAUACCAGAGCGUGGCUGCUGGCAACGCACUAGCAAAUAUGCUCAAAAUGGGUUCAUCUAAACCUUGGCCAGAUGCGAUGGAAGUGCUCACGGGUCAGCGAGCCAUGAAAGCCGAUGGCCUGUUAGAGUACUUUAGGCCUCUACAUGAGUGGUUAACGGCUGAAAAUCAGAGAACUGGUGAAUUUAUAGGUUGGGAGUCAAGUAGAACACAAUAUUGCACAGCGGAACAACGGGCCGCCCUGAGUGCUAAGGAGGUAACGAAGCCGGAGACACAAGCCACCACUCAGUCGUGA